AUGCCUCCCACCCCGCAGCAGUCGCAGUCAUACCACCACCAACGAGGAAUGCAGCCCUCACCGCAGCAGUCCAGCAGCCAGCCGAACGGAAUGCCUUCAUACGCCAGUCACAACUACAACACCUCAUUCGACGGCAGUCAGCAUGGCCAGUCCUUCGGCCAGCCCGCGCCUGCUCCUUACGCCCAGAGCUUCCCGAAUGGCCCAGUGUCGAAUCCGGGGUACGCGCGGAGCUUUGGAGACCAGGCGCAGAGGUAUCCCAUGCCAUAUGCGACCGAGAAGCCGCAGAUAUAUACUGCCGUCUACUCGGGCGUCAAUGUCUACGAGAUCGAGAUCAGUGGUGUCGCUGUCAUGCGUCGACGCAGCGAUGGCUGGUUGAACGCUACCCAGAUCCUCAAAGUCGCCGGUGUCGACAAGGGCAAGCGCACCAAAGUCCUCGAGAAAGAGAUCCUGCCAGGUGAGCACGAGAAGGUGCAAGGAGGUUAUGGCAAAUACCAAGGCACAUGGAUCAGCUAUCGACGAGGUCUGGAGUUCUGCCGUCAAUAUGGCGUCGAGGACAUUCUCCGACCGCUCCUCGAAUACGAUGUCCGUGCCGACGGCUCUAGUGGACCAGGACAGCAGGAGACACCAACCAAGGAGCAAGCAAUGGCUGCCCAGCGUAAGAAGUUCUACACCCACUCCAGCCUCGACCCGAGACAGAAUGGCACUCCAGGCUCAAACGGUACAUUCUUCUCCAACAUCUCACCUACUACAUCCGUCGCCUUGGCAGCCAUGAACAAGGCCGCUCGCAUGAACUCGCCAGCACCACGAGCAGGUAGCACGCCCAAGCCAGCCAACAUGCGCCGACCCUCGCAUCAAGACAACGGCCAGUCACAAAGUCAGCAAAGCGCUGCGUCAGAUGCCAAAGGUGCAGACUCGCGCUACAACACCCAGAACGGCGAGCCACCGCGUAAGCGCAUGCGACCCGACAGCCAGGACGGUAUGGGCCCUCCAAACCUACCUCUGGAUGCUUCGAUGAGAUCUGGGACGCCGACCGAAGUCAAUGAGAGCUUCUACGAAAACGCUUUGUUGCAAGAUGCUGUCAAUGGCAACGGCGAGCCGAUAGCACUACCACCACUUCCAAGCCCAGUCACCCAAGUACAACAAGAGAAGAUGAACAUGAUCUUGAGCCUUUUCGCUGAGUCAGGUCGAACGGAUUACGCCAGCCAUCCUGCACUUCAGGAGCUGUCAAAUGAAGAUUUGAACAUGCCGCUCGAUGCUUCUGCGAACAAUGCCCUCCACUGGGCCGCAACUCUCGCCAAAGCACCGCUGAUGAAGCUCCUCAUACAGAAAGGCGCCAGCAUAUGGCGAGGCAACGCAGCUGGACACACGCCUCUCAUCAGCGCUGUACUCGUCAACAACUGCUGGGAGUUUGCCAAUUUCCCGGAGCUGUUGGAGAUGCUCGGCCCGUUGAUUGAAGUCAGAGACAUGACUGGUAGGACAGUCUUGCACCACAUCGCCGUCUCUUGUGGCAUCAAGGGUCGCGGCGCAAGCAGCAAGUACUAUCUUGAGGCAUUGCUGGAGUUCUUGGUCAGGAUAGGAACCCAACCUAAUUCUACUGCCGCCAAGAACGUUGCUGCCGCCGCAGCGAAUAUGCAUUAUGACUCGCAACUGUCCAAUGGUGAUGGCUCCAGCCAAGACACUGCUGUUCCCGGACCUAGAGGACCAGUGAAUCUUUCGCGAUUCCUGUCACACAUUGUGAACGCAAGAGAUAAGGCAGGAAACACUGCCCUCAAUCUUGUGGCUCGCAUUGGCAAUCGCAGCAUCAUACAGCAGCUUCUCGAGAUCCAUGCAGACCCCAGUCUUCCAAACAACAAAGGUGUUUGCGCCAAGGACUUUGGUGUCGGUAUAGACGAAGACGAUGCUCCGAACCCAAGUGGCGGACUCGUGAGCCAGCAGUCAUCUAUGCAACCACCUCCGUAUCCAAUGCCAAACCAGGAUGCAUCAGACGCCGAAGCAAAGCCGGGCGCACCAGAAGUGAGAGCGGAGGACAUGGGCCAAGAAUUCAUUGCGUCUAUGACAUCCAUGCUUACGCAAAAUCUUGCCUCGCACAAAGAGUCUUUACGCUCGAGGACUGAGAAGAUCGACAAGUUGAACGAGCAGAUCCGCGAGUUGUCAGCACUGCAGAAGGCAGGUCUUGAGAAGCUCCAAGAGAUGAAAGAGCGGCUUCGCGUUCGAGAGGAGCGCAGAGCAAAGGUCGCUAACCUGCGCCGAGAAGUUGAGAAGAAGAAAACUGCGGCGAGGAAGCAGCAGGCGAACCACACUGGCCGAGCCAUCGAACUCGAGCCAGACUGGUUGGACCUACCUUCACAGACUAAUGGCCAGUCGAGACUGUCGCUCGCCGGCCGUAUGCCAUCACAAAAGGCGUUGCAGGCCAGACUUACCGCCUAUCGAGGUAGCAACAACAACCUGCGACAGCAAGCGGAAGAGUUACGGAGUCGAUCGAUAGAUCUUGAGCGACUGUAUCGCAAAGUGGUAUCGUUAUGCACCGGCGUGUCUGAGGACAAAGUCGAGGAAAGCUUACCUGCGCUCCUCGCUGCAGUGGAGAGCGAAAAGGGUGGUAUCGGCCAUAACGAAGUCGGCAGAGUACGGGAAUUCUUACGGCGGGUCGACACGAGCAAAGACUCUCAGGUUGCCAAGCUGGAUCCGAAUCGAAGUUACGACGGACCAAUGCUACAGAUCAACCCGACUGUCGUCGCUGCUGCGGAGCGUGCGGAGGCUGAGCGGAGGGCACAGGCGAUGAGACUGCCGGGUAUGCAAGGUCGACAGGCAGCAUAG